AUGGAUCCUGUCACACCCCAGCAGCGUAAGAAGAUCUUGCGGGUUCUGUUCAUUUCUCUGCUGUUAGAUCUGAUAUCAUUCACCUUUAUCCUCCCUCUCUUUCCGUCCCUGCUCACCUUCUAUCGAAGUUUGGAGACUCACCCUUCGUCUGCUCUCAAUCGAAUCUUGCACUACCUCAACGCAUAUAAACAAGCCUUUGCGGUGCCCAUCAAUGCAAAAUAUGACAUAGUCCUUCUGGGUGGGGCUCUGGGAUCUUUGUUUUCUCUCCUGCAGGCAAUCGCUAGCCCUGUAAUAGGCCGUGCAUCGGAUAAAUAUGGGAGGCGGACUGCCUUGCUGUGGAGCAUGUGUGGGAAUAUUGCCAGUGUGGCCUUGUGGACAAUUGCAGUCGACUUUCGUACCUUCCUGCUGAGCAGGGUUGUGGGAGGACUGAGCGAAGGGAAUGUUCAGCUUGCGACCGCCAUUGCAACCGAUGUGAGUACUGAGGAACAACGAGGCUCGACAAUGGCUCUAGUGGGAGCGUGUUUCAGCAUUGCCUUCACCUUUGGACCGGCGUUGGGUGCCGCAUUGUCAAACAUCACCACAUUUGCGGCCAACCCGUUUGCAACAGCAGCCGGCUUCUCACUGCUGUUAAUUGUGGUGGAAACGGUUUAUCUGUAUGCUCGAUUGCCCGAGACCAGGCCAAGAGAAAGUAAGAAAAUCGAGGUAAAGAACGGGCAAACGGGUCAUGUUUCAUUCAAACAUACGAAUAGACCGUGGGUCUUGAACGCUAUUCACUUCUUAUUUCUUCUGCCAUUUUCAGGGAUGGAGUUCUCCUUACCAUUCUUGAUCACAUCAAUCUUAUUCCCAGACCAUCCAUCGCCUUCCAAACUGAAUGGAAGGCUGCUUGGCUUUGUUGGGUUGGUGGCAUCCAUACUCCAAGGCUCCAUCGUUCGAAGACUACCACCAGCGAUUGUGGUGAAUAUUGGAGUUGUAUCAUGCACUGUAGCGUUCUUUCUCCUAGCUCAAGUUCAGAGCAAUGCGGGAUUGUAUGGUGCUGGUGCAUUACUUGCAGUCACAUCCGCCACAGUGGUGACAGGGUUGAACAGCCUGGGAAGUUUCGAAGCCAAAGCUGGCAAUCGUGGCGAGGUUUUGGGAGCACUCCGAAGCUGGGGACAAUUGGGAAGAGCACUUGGGCCCAUCAUCUUUUGCACGUUGUUCUGGUGGGCAGGACGUGAGAAGGCUUACAUGAUUGGAGGCACUACCAUGCUGGUGGUGACGGCGAUUGUGCUCACCAAUCUGAAAUCACCAGCCAUUAGCAUGAAGAAGCUAUGA